CGCCUUGAGAGUCCUGCUUGAGCUCAGGCGCCCUCCAGCUGGGGAGGGUGUUUUUGUUAGAAUCAUACACUGCGUCCAAGGGCGCAGAGUCGAGGCAUGAUCUCCAGCACGCAGUGUGACUGGAUCCUGGAGCAGCCGACGGCACGGACUGCUUGCCCAGCCUGAGUGUCGCCCCAGCCCUGCGCCCCCUGGUCUAGGUGGUAACAUGACGACACCGCCUCUCCUCCUCGGUCAGUGAAUUUGAGUCAUCUUUCACCAAGUCCCAUCUCGUUUCACCUCGAAUGGAAUGUAUCUCUCUGUCUGUUGUUAGACUACGAUGACAUGUCUGCAGCCAUCAGAAAGAGAAGCUGGGAAGAGCAUGUGACCCAAUGGAGGGGGCUGCAGUGUAAUUCGGAUGAUUAUAACACAGCAUGUCAUCAUGGACUAGCAGCUGACAGCUUGCAGGCAAGUAUGGAAAAGGAUGCAAGUCUACAUGUGGACCGCAAAGAGAAGUGUGUUUCUUUACCGGAUUGUUGUCAUGGAUCAGAGCUAAGAGAUUUCCCUGCAAGGCCAAUGGGCCACGCUUCAAAGGAGAUAGAUGAAAAUGAUAGUCAUGAAGGUGACGGCCAAUUUCUUUCUCUGGAGGCCAGCACAGAAACAUUAGUGCAUGUGUCUGAUGAGGAUACUGACUCCGAUUUGUACAUGACAGAUGAUAAACAAAUCUUAGCUACUCAAAAGCGUGAAUUAUCAGACCAACAGAUGGGCAAAGGAGCAGGCUCCUUGGAAAGGACCCCGCCCAUCAUGGAGAGUAACCAAGAUUCAUGUAGCUCCUGGAUUAUGGCAGGUGAACCUAAAUUGACACCAGUAGCAGAAAGAAGGGAGAGACCAAUGGCUGACCCUGUCAAGACAAGCCUGGAGCUCUGUCAUGACAAAAGCUUAAGUGAAAUAAAAGAUGCAUCACAAGUAAAUGCACGUGACGCUUUGCAUGUGAAAGAGAUUGUGCCUGAGAAGCAAUUGCUAAAUACUGCCGUCAUUGCUCAGCAACGAAGAAAAUCCGACUUCCCUCAAGAUGGACAUGCAAGAAACCCCUGCAUCACACAUGAUGAGUGCUCUGCUCCGCCCAGCACAGAGCGAGGCCUGCCAUUAUCAGAAGCAGAUCUUGGAAGCUGCCUUCUGCAGCCUCCUUCCGGCCCCAGUGGAAUGUCAGCCGAAAAUGGCCUGCAGGAGCAUGGUUUCACAGAACAUCAAAACAGCAGUCUUUCAAAGGUCACCACUGGAGAUGGCAUGCAGUGUUUACUCUUACAGGAGACUCUGGCCACCCAGGAACCUGCAGAUAACCAAGUGAGACUUCGCAAAAGAAAGGAAGUAAGAGAAGACCGAGCUAGGGCUCGGCUGGACUCCAUGGUGCUGCUAAUUAUGAAACUGGACCAACUUGAUCAGGACAUCGAGAACGCACUCAGCACCAGCUCCUCCCCAGCCAGCACACCGACCAACCCUCGGCGAUAUAUGCCUGAGCUGGAAUCAGGAUCUGAAAGUGGAGCGGAGACAAUUUCAUUAAAUCAGUCACAAGGAAAUUUGUCCUCUCACACCGACUCCACUGUCCCACCAUCUCCCACCCCAGCUUCCAGCUCUGGAACCAAACCCAAGGCUCUGGCUGCUUCGGGUAUUUCAGAGAAAGAGCAGGCUGAAAUUGAAGCCAAGGAAGCAUGUGAUUGGCUGCGGGCAACAGGGUUCCCUCAAUAUGCACAGCUCUAUGAAGAUCUCCUAUUUCCCAUUGAUAUUACUUUGGUCAAGAGAGAGCAUGAUUUUUUGGACAGAGAUGCCAUUGAGGCUCUGUGCAGGCGUCUAAAUACUUUAAACAAGUGUGCAGUGAUGAAGUUGGAAAUUAGCCCUCAUCGGAAGAGAAGUGAGGACUCUGAUGAGGACGAGCCCUGUGCGAUCAGCGGCAAGUGGACUUUCCAGAGGGACAGUAAGAGGUGGUCCCGGCUGGAAGAGUUUGAUGUCUUCUCUCCGAAGGAGGGCCCGCUGCCCGGCUCGCCCACCGACUCCCCCCUGCAGCCGGCAGCGAGCCGCGACAGCAUGCUGACCGAGCUCAGCGAGCGCCAGGACGUGGCCUCGGUCCGCAGCCUCAGCAGCUCCAGCAGCCUCGCCCACGCCGCCGCCGACGCGGCAGCCCCCAGGACCGCCUCCGUGCUCAGCGUCUGCUCCUCCUCGAGCGGCCGCCGUGCGGGCCCCGACGACUCCUUCGGCAGCCUGCCCUCGCCCGGGGAACUGUCCAGCUUCAGCUUCGGCAUGAAGGGCCCCGAGAAGAACGCCAAGUCCAAGACGCGCAGCCUGCUGAAGCGGAUGGAGAGCCUGAAGCUGCGCGGCGCCCACCCCAGCAAGCACAAGGCCCCCUCGAAGCUGGGGCUGAUCAUCAGCGGGCCUAUCCUGCAGGAGGGUGUGGACGAGGAGAAGCUGAAGCAGCUGAACUGCGUGGAGAUCUCCACCCUCAACGGCAACCACAUCAACGUGCCCCUGGUCCGAAAGCGCAGCGUGUCCAACUCCACGCAGACCAGCAGCAGCAGCAGCCAGUCGGAGACCAGCAGCGCCGUCAGCACCCCCAGCCCCGUCACGCGCACGCGGAGCCUCAGCGCCUGCAACAAGCGUGUCGGCAUGUACCUGGAGGGCUUCGACCCCUUCGGCCCGUCGGCCUUCCGCAACGUCGCCGAGCAGAACCUCAAGAACCGCGAGAGCUACCCGGAGGACACGGUGUUCUACAUCCCCGAAGACCACAAGCCCGGCACCUUCCCCAAGGCCCUCUCCAACGGCAACUUCUCUCCCGCGGGCACCGGCGCCUCCGUGAACUGGAGGACGGGGAGCUUCCACGGCCCUGGCCAUCUCAGCCUCCGGCGGGAAGACAGCGGCGAGGCCCCCAAGGAGCUGAAGAGGCGUAAUUCCUCCAGCUCGGUGAGCAGCCGGCUGAGCAUCUACGACAACGUGCCGGGCUCCAUCCUCUACUCCAGCUCCGGCGACCUGGCCGACCUGGAGAACGAGGACAUCUUCCCUGAGCUGGACGACAUCCUGUACCACGUGAAGGGCAUGCAGAGGAUAGUCAACCAGUGGUCCGAGAAGUUCUCCGACGAGGGGGACUCCGACUCCGCGCUGGACUCUGUCUCGCCCUGCCCGUCCUCCCCGAAGCAGAUUCACCUGGAUGUGGACAACGACCGCACCACGCCCAGCGACCUGGACAGCACGGGAAACUCCCUCAACGAGCCCGAGGAGCCUGCCGACAUCCCCGAACGGAGGGACUCGGGGGUCGGGGCCUCCCUGACGAGGUCCAACAGGCACAGGCUGAGAUGGCACAGUUUCCAGAGCUCUCACCGGCCGAGCUUAAACUCUGUCUCGCUGCAGAUCAACUGCCAGUCGGUGGCCCAGAUGAACCUGCUGCAGAAGUACUCGCUCUUAAAGCUCACGGCCCUGCUGGAGAAGUACACGCCUUCUAACAAGCAUGGUUUCAGCUGGGCUGUGCCCAAGUUCAUGAAAAGAAUCAAGGUCCCAGACUACAAGGACCGGAAUGUGUUCGGGGUCCCUCUGACAGUCAACGUGCAGCGCACCGGACAGCCCCUGCCACAGAGCAUCCAGCAGGCCAUGCGAUACCUCCGCAACCACUGUUUGGACCAGGUGGGGCUCUUCAGAAAAUCGGGGGUCAAAUCCCGGAUUCAGGCUCUUCGCCAGAUGAAUGAGAGUGCCGCGGAUUGUGUCAGUUACGAGGGACAGUCUGCGUACGAUGUGGCAGACAUGCUGAAGCAGUAUUUUCGAGAUCUUCCGGAGCCACUAAUGACGAACAAGCUCUCGGAGACCUUCCUGCAGAUCUACCAGUAUGUGCCCAAGGACCAGCGUCUCCAGGCGAUCAAGGCCGCCAUUAUGCUCCUGCCGGACGAGAACCGGGAGGUGCUACAGACGCUGCUGUAUUUCCUGAGCGACGUCACCGCUGCCGUGAAAGAAAACCAGAUGACGCCGACCAACCUCGCCGUAUGCCUCGCACCUUCUCUCUUCCACCUCAACACCCUGAAGAGAGAGAACUCGUCCCCGAGGGUGAUGCAGCGGAAACAAAGUCUGGGCAAGCCCGAUCAGAAAGAUUUGAAUGAAAACUUAGCGGCCGCUCAAGGGCUGGCCCACAUGGUCGCAGAGUGCAAGAAACUGUUCCAGGUCCCUGAGGAAAUGAGCCGGUGUCGGAACUCCUACACGGAACAAGAGCUGAAGCCCCUCACUCUGGAAGCACUGGGGCGCCUCAGUCAUGACGAGCCCACCGGCUACCACCACUUCCUCCAGGACUGUGUGGACAGCCUGUUUAAAGAGGUGAAAGAGAAGUUUAAAGGCUGGGUCAGCCACUCCACUUCUGAGCAGGCUGAGCUGUCUUACAAGAAGGUGAGUGAGGGACCCCCGCUGAGGCUGUGGAGGUCAACCAUUGAAGUCCCUGCACCGCCGGAGGACGUCUUGAAGCGCCUCCUGAAGGAGCAGCACCUCUGGGACGUAGACUUGCUGGAUUCGAAAGUGAUUGAAAUCCUGGACAGCCAGACGGAGAUUUACCAGUACGUCCAGAAUAGCAUGGCACCGCACCCUGCCCGCGACUACGUCGUUCUGAGAACAUGGAGGACUAAUUUACCCAAAGGGGCGUGUGCCCUUUUACUCACCUCUGUGGAUCACGACCGGGCCCCUGUGGUGGGCGUGCGAGUUAACGUGCUCCUCUCCCGGUAUCUGAUUGAGCCCUGUGGGUCCGGAAGAUCCAAACUCACCUACAUGUGCAGAGCUGACUUACGUGGCCACAUGCCCGAGUGGUACACAAAAUCCUUCGGACACUUGUGUGCAGCAGAAGUUGUGAAGAUUCGAGAUUCUUUCAGCCACCAGAACACUGAGACCAAAGAUACCAGAGCUAGGUGAUGAUGGCAGCGGAGCAACUGUGCCCCCACCCGAGCCUGUUUCUGGACCCUUCACCAGUCCUGGGACGCAUGGGCCCUGCACCCGCUCCUGGAGCAGAAAACUACACAUAGGACUGCAGGAAUCAAGACGAUAGCAAUUUGAUACAUGUUUUAAAGCUGCUUCCUGUUGGUUUAGGGUCUAUUAUGUGGGCCUUGACUGGAAUAUGUAAGAGUGUACCAAAAAAUGUAUUUCUAAUCUUACUCAAAUUGCUUCUGAGAAGCAAAGCUUUAAAAUGCAUUAUGGGAGCGAAUGGAGAGACCUCAUUCUCUUGUGGUCUCGGUGUAUGUGGAGCGGGGUCAUUGACCGGCAGUGUGGCGAGGGGCUGUGUAUCCACUGGAGUCGUUGAUGAGCAAAGGGGAUGGUUUGUACAGAGGAGUGUGUGAACGUGUGUGAUUGCUGGUUGAAUGGCGGAGGCGCGGAGGUUGGAAUCCAGUGUCUGGCACACUGUGACACCUCCAGGAAGGACGUUGAUGCGCCAGGUUUCGUUUCACGUGGAAUCUACCCACGGGUCCAUCCAAAAAGGAGCCCCAACCCCUUUGUUCAUUUGCUGGUUUGGUGCCCGCCCCCCGUUAGUAAACCUCUUCCUCCUCCUUUGCUAACUUUAUCUUCAAACUGACUUCUCCAGGUUGAUUCUUCUCUCAGUUCGGAUGCACAAUUUUUUGACCGGAUCCCCGCUGCCAUGCUAAUAUUUGGCCAGUGCAGAUCACUGCAGCUGUGUGCGGUUGAAUGUCCCGUAACACUCCCGGUCAAACAUCCAGACAUGUUUUUUUUUAACUGCUAAGAUUCUUAUUUGCAAUUUCAUGUUUAUAACAGACAUUUUAAGACAGGUGGAGGAAACUGCAUUCCCCAGGGAAAUCCCUGUGGGUUCAGCCCGACCACAAACCAUCAUGCUUUCUUCGCUGACGGCGUUUCUGAAAGCUGCACGUGUUUAUUAACUGGGUUCGUCCUUACCAGCAAAUAACGUUUUGGGUGUGAGGACCUAUUUUUGUUUAGUAUUUCCUCCGUGUCUUUUCCUUUAUAGUACCCUUGGAAUAUAUGUUAGUGAUAUGGAAAACACAAAACGAGGAAAGCACGGUUGUUUGGAAAGGUGAUCUUUUAUACAGGUUUUACUGUAGUGGUCAGAUGACUCAAGAGACAGUAUUAAUAAAUUUAUUUUGUAUGGAUCAAAAGUGGAUACUGUGUGAUUGAGAGUUGUCAGAAGGAUUUUUAUUUUGUUAUACCCUAAUUUAGUUACCGUUGUCAGUGUUAUUUCUAAGGUUCUUUGAAGAAUUUUAAGGUGGGAGCAGGUGAGUUCUGAAAUCUGCGUAUUUUGGUGACCAAUGUUCCUCAAGAAGAUAGACAUGUCUAUUUCAUGUUAAUGGCUUUCAGAUUUGUAAAAUUCUGUGCUGUACAUACAUUCUAUUACGAAACGUGUACACAUGUCCACUGUGCUUUCAAACAUGGAUAAAGCAUGAUGAAGAUUAUUAUUUAAAAUAUACUUGUAUUUAUACCUCAGAUAUUCUUUUGGGUUUUGUACCUCAAGACUUUGUGUUUUCUAUUGUAAAUACACUUUACAUGAAUACAAUUUAAGUGAAAAGAGAAUAAAAAGAAGAGUUUUAUAACUUGCUCUAUAUCUGUACAGAAUAUAUACCCCAUUAAGUGCACUAUUAAACGUUUCAAAGAAGGGUAAAGCCUGGCCUGCUUUCCUCUAUACUGCAGCGCACACGCCCACGCUCCAAGCCACAGCACGCAAACCAUACCACCCUCGCGUACAGACCGAGCCAUAGACUGAAGGCACACUCGGGCUGCAACUCCCAACAAGGCCAAACUGCAACUGAGCCACUCACAAGCAAAACAGGAAACGCUAGUGGAGGUUGAGGAAGCCUCGAGGUUCCCUCCAAAUGAAGGUCUCGGUAGGGAAGGCUAACUGCAAAAGCGACAAGAACAAGCAACAGAAAGAUGCUCAUGACACCAAGGUCAAUGUGUGAUUCCACAAAAGGCCUCUUUCCCAUCGUCUGGCUUUCCUGUUGGAGAAACUCCUGACAUAUUUGAGCAGAUCUCAGAUGCUGUGAGCCACUGUUAGAGAGCGCCCCUACUGCAGUAUGAGCACCACUUACUCCAUGUGACUCCCUGCCUAGACUGUACGCUCCUGGAGGGCAGCAGGCCUUGUGUGCACAUCUUUAUGUUCCCCUUCAGCAGUUGUCAGUGUUUUGUACUGAGCGGCACCAAAUAAAUGUAUUCUUUGUGAAAUUGAA